AUGUCAACUACUCAACGAAGCGAAAGCAUGAAUGCAUUUUUCGAUGAGUACGUCCACUCGAAAACAUCACUGAAACAGUUCGUUCAACAAUAUGAAAGAGCAUUGAGAAACAAGGUGGAAAAGGAGGUUCAGGCUGAUUUUAAAUCAUUCUCCCAAAUAGUCCCAUGUGCAACAACAUAUGAGAUGGAAAAGCAAUUCCAAACAGUGUACACUAUUUCCAAAUUUAAAGAAAUCCAAGCCGAGUUUGUGGGUAAAGUUUACUGUGAUCUCAUUUCUUCUUCAGAAGGUUGUUCUGGGACAACUUACGAGGUCAGGGAGGAUUUAUUUUGUGACCACCAGCGCAAGAAGAAAUCAUUUUUUGUCUCUUUCAAUAGGGACAAAUGUGAAGUUGUUUGUAGUUGUCAUCUGUUUGAAUUCCGGGGUAUUCUAUGCCGACAUUCAAUUGCAGUACUUAUUCGUAAUGACGUCUCUAGACUUCCUGAUCAAUAUAUAUUACAUAGAUGGAGAAAGGAUGUCAGGAGACCAUACACGAGGAUUGCUUUGAAAUAUGACGGAUUGAGGAAUUCACCGGGACAAUUGAGGUACGACAAUUUGUGCACAGCUUUUGCCAAGGUCGCAGACCUUGCCGCAGACGAUGAAGUUCGAGCCGGGCUGAUUAUGGAAUGGAUCCAAUUGCAAGCACAAGAACUUUCUAUGUUAAAACAUAUUGGUGAAAAAAAUAUUUGCAAUGAUCCUGCUAGGUUCAAAACUCCAUGUAGCAUUGACAUUGGAGAUCCGAAGUUGACAAAAAGAAAGGGUGCACCAAGAAAAGUCCGUAAAAAAGGUCCGUUAGAGUCGACUUCAAAUAAAAAAAAGAAGAAGAAUGAGGUGCCUUCAAUUAAUAGAGGAAAAGGGCUUACAAAAGAGUUAAUCAAGCACACAAAUGAGCCAAAGAUGUUGGCAUUGGAGACUGGAGUUGAAUUUGAGGUGGAAAAUCAAUCUUCUAUGGAGUUAAAUUCUCAAGGCCUUAGCCCAUUCUUCAUACAACGAAGGAACAUAUUUACUGCUUCUUGUGAAAAUCCACCCAGUCCACUCACUGGUUCUGCACUCAAGAAACAAGAUAGUCCUCCAUCCUCACUUCCAUCUUCUCCAUACUGUACACCGCAAAUUCUUGAUCAUGUGUCGGGUAGUUCCCGUAUAACCACUCCACCGCCCGAAUCGUCCGACACAAAUACCUGCCUUAGGUACUCAACGUCCUUCACCAGCUCCGGUAGGAAUUUCAUAUUCCUCCCAGCGCACACUGGGCUCUUCACGGGCUCCAGGUAUACAUCCUCUAGCCCCUUGAACGCCUCCCUCGACUCCUCCGACGUCGCCCCGCACACUGGGCUCUUCACGGGCCCGCUCCUCUUCAUGCCCAACACCGUGCUCUCCAAUCUCCUACACGAUCCUGUAGUUGCUCAACAGGCGCAGCCCGCCGAUGGGUCCAGCCCCAGGGACGACACGACUAGCCCAUUGUCCUGGACAAGCCCGUCCGCAAGGGCCAUCUGCCCGAAAAUUGGGACCAACAAGAAAUCGAAGGCCCGAGCGCGGCCGUCUUCCGGAGAAUCAGCCUCGGACAGGAGGUCGAUGCCGGCGCCUUUAAGAAAAGUCGCGCACCUCCCCGCCGGCACCGGACCCUCAGAGCGAGCUCCACCACGUGUCGCUGAUGUUCUUCGCCUCCGGCUGCUCCAGAUUAACAAUCAACCCACGGUCUCUUCUUGCUUCCUGGUAGGCCAGGCCAUGGUGGGAGUGGUGGAGGCUCCGUCCGCCACAGAUGGCUGCUAG